AUGCAUUUUCCUUACUUUGAUUCAACAAUAUUGGGUGGAAACCGUUUGUUGAUGGAGGAGCUAACUUAUGACUGUGCGACCCUUGCUGAAGAGAGUGUUCAUUUGACAGCACAACUAAUUGAUGAACAAAGAGUUGUGUAUGAUACAAUCAUGGAAGAUGCGUUGACAAAUGGGGGCGGUGAAAUAGUUUUAAAUGUUGCUUCAAGCGACAUAGCUUCAUUACUUCUACUUGGUGGCAGGACUGCACAUUCACGUGUUUGCAAAUUGGAUUGCAUCAUUGGAGAUCAAAAUGAUGGCUAUGUAGAAGUUGAAAUUCCACAAGACAUGUUAUUGUCCAAAAAUGGUGAUCCCAUUACAACUAUAGUGGAGGAUACAUUCCCAAUGUUUUUUACAAACAAUGCAGAUAAUAGCUUUUUAGAAAGAUGUGCGAUCCUAACUCCAACACUUGAUGUGGUUAAUGCUGUAAAUCAAUACAUGAGUGACAUACAUGUUGCUGAGACUAGGACAUACUUGAGUUGCGACACAGUAUGUCGGUCUGAGUCGAAUGAUGGUAUUCUCACAGACGUGCACACACCGGAAUUCCUAAAUGGUAUUCGGGCUUCAGGCAUACCAAAUCAAUCAUUGACAUUAAAGGUUAGAUUGCGGGUGAUGCUUUUGAGAAACAUUGAUCAUUCACUUGGGCUUUGUAACGGUACUAGAUUGAUAGUGACCCAGCUGUCCGAGCACGUAGUAGAAGCAAAGAUUUCGACAGGUGAUCACUCAGGUACUAGGGUGUUGGUCCCACGAAUGUCCAUAACUCCAUCAGAUCCAAGAUUGCCAUUCAAGUUCAAACGAAGACAAUUCCCAUUGAUGCUAUCAUAUGCAAUGACUAUAAAUAAAAGUCAGGGACAAACAUUAUCUCAUGUUGGUUUGCUUAUGAAAAAACCAGUAUUUGUGCACGGACAGCUAUAUGUAGCCGCAUUUAUAAUAAGUAAUCCUAAGGGUCUCAAAUUCAUGAUCUGUAAUGAGUUAGAUAAUAAGGUCUCAAAUUCAUGA